AUGGCAAUCUUGAUAUACUUUCUUAUUGUCUUUAUCAUCCCAUAUGAAGCAAAUUCAAUCAGCUUCGAUUUUAAGUAUAUCACUCCACAAAACCAGAACACUGAUAUAGUUACUACGGAUGAUGCUACUAUCACUACUGACGGAAUGCAAUUGAUUCCUGCUAAGAGUUAUACAGCAGGCCGAGGGAUGUACAACAGAUUGCUUCAUAUAUGGGACAAAACCUCUGGUGAGCUAGCCAGCUUUUCUACCAGUUUCUCAUUCGUGAUAAAUGGUAAUGGUUUCACCGAUGGCCUCACGUUCUUCCUCGCUGAGAAUAAUUCAGUUGCAGCGACCGGUGGAGCCCUGGGUCUUCCGGUUAACUCAAGAUAUAAAGUGUUAUAUCCAUUUGUUGCAGUUGAGUUUGAUACUCUCUGGAACGAAGAAUGGGAUCCAGCAUCUCUUUCCUCGAACGAUUAUCAUGCAGGCAUCAAUGUUAACUCUCUUAAUUCUUCCGUGUUCAAGAAAUGGUCCAUCAAUGCAACAACAACAGCGAAUUUUCAAGCUCACGUAACGUAUGAUUCAGUUUCGAAAAGCCUUGGUGUUUCUGUAAGUGAUGACUUAUAUGGUGUAAUUGACCUCAGUUACAUCAUUGAUCUAAAGGAUAUAUUACCCGAAUGGGUUAUUUUUGGGUUUUCAUCAGGAUCCGGAAUUUGGAAUAAUAAAGUUACAGUAGCAUCAUGGAACUUUAACAGUUCAACUCUACAGGCAGAUGAACAAAAGGUGCAGCCACCAUCCCCACCCCCACCCCCGAAAAAAAGGGCAAGUCACGAGGUGGGAUUAAUAGCUGGCUUAGUAGUUGCUGUACUUUCUAUUUCGGCUAUCGUUGUUUUCUAUUAUUUAUGCAGCACGAACAAACAGAAAAUACCUGAACUGGGUAAUCAGAAACUGGGUAAUCAUGCGAAGAUGAACAAAGAUUUUCAAGAGGAGACUGGACCUAAACGUUUCUCUUACAAGAAAAUUCUUCAGGCAACUGAUGGUUUCGCAGAGACGAAUAAGCUUGGGGAGGGAGGUUUUGGAGGGGUUUAUAAAGGUUUUUUGAAAGAUGGUGAAACGGAUAUCGCAGUCAAAAGGGUAUCCAAGACUUCUCAACAAGGGAUCAAGGAGUAUACCGCGGAAAUUAAAAUAAUUAGCCGAUUAAGGCACAAAAAUCUGGUGGAACUCAAGGGUUGGUGCCAUGAGAAAAGGGAGCUCCUACUUAUUUACGAGUUUAUGGAAAAUGGGAGCUUAGAUCAACAUCUCUUCGAGCAGAAAAGUCGGUUGACUUGGGACAAGAGGAAAAAAAUUGCAAAUGGCCUGGCCUCCGCUUUGUUUUAUCUUCAUGAAGGAUGCAAGAAAUGUAUUUUGCACAGAGAUAUUAAAUCGAGCAAUGUCAUGCUGGACUCAAAUUUCGAAGCAAAACUUGGUGAUUUUGGGUUAGCUAAGUUUGUUGACCAUGAGAAGGGCUCCCAGCAAACACUAGUUAUUGCCGGAACUUGGGGUUACAUGGCUCCUGAAUAUGCGUCUACUGGCACACCAAGCAAACAAUCGGAUGUAUUUAGCUUUGGAGUUGUUGCACUUGAAAUAGCUUGUGGUCGAAAAGCCAUCGUGUAUGAGGCUCCGGACAGACCAGUGACAUUAGUAAAAUGGUUGAGAGAUCUCUAUGAGACUGGAGAUAUUCUAAAAGCAGUUGAUCCGUCAAUUGGCUCAUACAACGAGGAACAAAUUGAGCGGUUGAUGAUCGUUGGGUUAUGGUGUGCACACCCUGUCGCAGACCAACGCCCAUCAAUGGAGCAAGCCAUUCAAGUAUUGAACCAUGAUGCUUCCCUACCUGAACUGAGUAAACUCCCAUCAAGGAUGCCGGAAAUCACUUCUCACCUUCCUCCAAAUCCUCCAGUAGUUUAUUAUACUUGCGUUCUAAAAUCAUAA